GGAAAGUCUCGGAGUCGUUUCUCCAGCUGGUGCUGCUGCUGGUGGAAUUCAUUUAAGGAUAGGUUAAAGGCGCUUUUCUUACCGCUUUUUAUGCCUCUCUCCCUUAGGAUGAGAAAGGCAUAACAAGCGGGGUAAGCGAGCACCAAAAAGCUACCUCUAAUUCAUACAACGAGUUGCACUACAACAUCUUCGACUUCUUCCGGAACAAGCGGAAGUAUGAUACUUAAUGCUUCCUCUGGUGGUGGAACUGGUUCUGCCAACGUCGCUGGAGGAAGUACAACUACGGGCACUUCUCCUGCUGGAGGAACUUCGACGCGAUCCCGUAUCAUGACUGCGGAGUGGCAAUCGUGUCCCCCUAUGCGUACGUC